GGUUCUCUCCUGUAUCCCGUCUCCCCUCCUCUGCUGUGCACCUGCUCCUCCCCUCCUGCCUUAUUAUACUCAGACUCCGAGCAGCGCUCCGUCCUCGCCAAGUGAUGCUCCUCGGCGGCGCACAUCGGUGGGUUAUCACCGCCCGCUGCAGGGAGGACCGCUCCGGCUUGUUUUUCUCCUCUGGAAACACGCACUGGAGGACGACAGGACAUGGGAAUUUAACUAAACUCGUCUGAGAGUGUGCUGGAGGAGGUUAGGACGACGAAGAAGCACUCAAGUCCCAUCCUAGAGGAGAGAAGGGGACUCCGGGGAAAGGGUCCCGCCGGGACGUGGGAACGCAGCGGAAGGUUUUGUGCCUAACAUAGUUUGAAAUUGACUCAGGAUGCCUGUUUUUGUUGUUUUGUUGUGAAGAAUAAAAUCUCAGGAUUUAAAGGAAGGGGUUCUUGGAGUUCCAGUCGGUGCUUUUCUGUUUGUGAUGGAGUGAGUGAAAGAGAGGGCACGGUAACUUCAGCCUCGCCAUGAAAUCAGUGUUUUUCAGCCGCUUCUUCAUCCUGCUGCCCUGGGUCCUUAUUGUCAUCAUUAUGAUCGAUAUCGACAGUAAAAGAACGAUCCGGGCUCCAGCAGCCGGUCGGAACGGCAGGGCGCAGCGGGCGGCCCGGACCGGCGCACCAGGGGCAGGUGGCACCCAGAACCAGACCGCCCUGCCGGUUAUCUACGCCAUCACUCCCACUUACACUCGUCCGGUGCAGAAAGCGGAGCUGACCCGUCUGGCCCACGCCUUCCGCCAGGUGCCCCGGCUCCACUGGAUCGUAGUGGAGGACUCGACGGCGCGCACUGAGCUGGUGGCGCGCUUCCUGGCCCGGUGCGGCGUGCCGUACACGCACCUGCAUGUGUUCACUCCCCGCAGGUUCAAGCGCGCCGGGAUGCCACGCGCCACCGAACAGAGGAAUGUGGCUCUCGCGUGGCUCCGGCAGCACCGGAGCACACGGGACGCCGGGGUGGUUUUCUUUGCGGAUGACGACAACACCUACAGCCUGGAGCUGUUUGAAGAGAUGCGUAGUACUCGAGGUGUGUCUAUUUGGCCUGUGGGAUUCGUAGGUGGCAGAGCAUAUGAGCGCCCACUGGUGUCCGGGGGUAAAGUUGUGGGCUGGUACACUGGCUGGAGACCGGACCGGCCCUUCGCCACCGACAUGGCAGGUUUCGCCGUGAACCUCCAGGUGAUCCUGGCAAACCCGCGGGCGCAGUUCAAGCGGCGCGGCUCUCAGCCGGGGAUGCAGGAGUCCGACUUCCUCAAGCAGAUCACCAAGGUCACCGAGUUGGAGCCCAAGGCCAAUAAUUGUACCCGGGUGCUGGUAUGGCACACUCGCACAGAGAAACCACACCUUGCAAAUGAACCCAAACAUCGGAAAGACACUGUUGUCAUUGAGGUGUGAGAGGAGGACCCCAAGACCAGAAGCUGAUUGUGGCUGGCCAUCAUCUCUUGGCUGGGACAAAAUACAGCACCCUGCUUUCUUUCCAUAUCGGGUUUAUACAAUCUGUUCACGAUGGACACAGACUCUGAUGAGCUGCAUGACUUCUGGCUGUCUGUCAAACGUGCUCAGUGAGAGUCGGACAGCACUGUUCAUUUCACAAACUGAGAUGACUUGCACUCUUCAUUGCCUCCAUCCAUGGCUUGCUGAUGUUAAAAAAAAUUAUAAUGCUGAAUUGAGAAGUACCAUGAGAAUCAUUAACAUCAUUUAUAUUCAUUAAUACAUCAUUGUCAAAUUAACUGUGACCGUGAUAUAAUUACCAAAACAAACAAGGCUUGUGGUCCAGAUAUCUGCCUAUAUCUUAUGACAGUGGUAUUGUGAUGCUGUUUCUUUAACAACAAAUGUGUAUUUGUUUUUAUUUUUGUUUGUUUUUUGGUGUGAUAAUAAGAUUGAUACCAUUUCCAUGUCUCAGCCAAUAUGAAGCUGGUAUCAGGAUGCUGAUAGCAUAAAGCUAGCUCAGCAUAAAGGCUGGAAACAAUUAGCCUGGCCCUCUCCAAAGUUCAAGAAUAUGCCUACCAGCACAUGUUCACAUUUGAUCACAUUCUUUUAAUCUGUACAUAAGCAGAAAGAUUAAACGACAACAUGUGGUUUUAAUGGAAGUUACGUGGUGUAACAAUUUAUUUUGGACCAACAGCUGGGUGCAGCAACAGUGAGCCAGUCAUGCUAUACUAAGUACCAGAUAGAAAGAUAAUCUGCAUAAUCUCCAACAUGUAACUCCCCUGUAAAAUCACAAAUUGUGAUUUUGACAUUAGAAUUGUUGUUAACCUUUUAAACAAACUAGAUGCAGUGUGUUAAUUAGCCUUUAAGGUGUCGGUAGAUGCAUUUUUGAACCUUUCAGAGAGCCAGCUGUUUCCCCCCGCAUCCAGUCUUUACGCUAAGCUAGGCUAACCACGUCUGAAAUCUAGUAUCACGCACACAAAACUGGCAGUUUUUUCAUCUCACAUUCACACCUCUCACUGAGCAAAAUAAAUGUUUGGAAGCAAACCUUUUCAACUGCAAGUUUUAGGUCUGUUUGCUCUGGAAGAACUGCACGCUUAAAUCAAAUCAGUACACAGGACAGUAUGCAUAGUGAAUUUUGUUCUCUGCAUUUAACCCAUCCGAAGUAUUAGGAGCAGCAGUGGGCAGCCAGUGUGCAGCGCCCGGGGACCAACUACAGUUCUAUGUCAGUGCUUUGGUCAAGGACACUGACAGGAGAAUUAACGUAAUGCUUUGAUGGUCGGGGGAACCGGAGUAUCCGCAGGAAACAUGGGAGAACCUGCAAACUGCACACAGAAAGGCCCUGCCCCGCCUGGGAAUCAAACCUAGGACCUUUUUACUGUUGUUGCCCCUCUUCAGUGGCUCAUAGCUAUAAAGUGCCAAUCAGAGGCCGACAGAAGCAGCUAGGUUUCCCAGCUCUGGUCUUUGUUUAAAUUAGUCACAUCAAUGUCUCAGAGUUAAUGCAGUAAUGAUUCAUUGAUGCAUAAAUGCUUUGUAAUUCUCCUUUACAACACCCUGAAUCGAUCACAUGUAAUGGACUGGAACAACCUUUACCGUUUCCUCUCUGCGUAAGUGAAGUAUGUGAUCAGGUUUGAAAACGGCCCAAGUGAAGUUAACAUCACUCCUGACAAGCUGCCAUCAAUAAUGUAGAGACUGUGGGCCGACAACAAACUCACCUGCCAGCGGAGGAAUAAAAGGAAUGAAUUGAGUAGACGAGAUACAAGCAGGACAUCAGACUGGCCGCUAGUUUCGCAGCUCAAAGGUGAACCGUUUUCUUCAGUGUAUUUAGACGGCGGUAUUGUCCUGACCACUGAAGUUUAGAGGGGACUGUGUUGGUGUAUGAUGUAAACACAAGAAAAAAAAACAAAAACAGGAUUCAAUCCAGGAUCCAACAGCCUUUAUUUCAAAUGACCCUUCUGUAAAACUUGGAACAGAAAAAAAGGAGCAAACCAAUAAAAUUCCAAAAAGAAAAAACAGUACUUUUACAGUUGAAGGAGUCAUUGGACAAAGAUGAACACAGAAAAAUUCCUGGAUAUUUUUUUUUAUGCACGGAAACCACUUUUUCUUUUCUCUGUACUAGGCACCAGAAAAUGUAAACACACUGGAAAUAAACCUGGAGGACAUUAGAUUUAUUGAAUAUGUUUAUGGGUUGUUCACACUAACCACAUGAGAGUGCUACAGUUAUUGCAUGGCAGAGGGACCCUGUGUAUACGGAAAUGAAUCUCUGCAUCGCCACUCGGCUGUGUGAUCGUAACUUUGUGUGCGUAAGUAAGUAAGUAAGUGUGUUUGUUCAUUUCCACUCUUGCUCCUCUGUUCUUACUCCCAAUAAACACAGACUGGACAGUGGUGAAGGGACCCAUCCAGUGUUUUCAUACAAGUCCCCUUUUGCAACCACUGUCCACUCCUGUUCCUCGCCCUGCCAGUCUAGCCCUCUUAUUGGUCAUCCAGGUUUAUUUGCUUCAGACGAACUGUGCUUCUCUUGUACUGCACACAACAAAACACCACAAUAAAGAUGGCGGAUGGCAGAACAUACGGUUAUAGCAUCCUAUGUAAAGGGAGCAAUGUUUUGGGUGUCACAUUCACUCAAUUUAAAAAAGACUGCAGAAAUCCUACCGUCCCUGCUGAUCCCACACAACAAUUUUCUGAAAUGAAACCACAACACAGCGAGACAGGGGUACCUGCUCUGCUAUUUAAAGUGCAGUAAAGACAAACAGCUGGGAUUCCAGUAGUGCUUUAAUUUGCCUUGGGGAGAGCUGAGGAAAUGGCUCAUUUCAACAACAAGGACUGUCUUAACUGGGUCGGAGCCCAGUUUCCACUAAACCCAGCUCGUUUGGUUUUAAAACACUUCAAAACACCACAGCAUGGCUACCAAAGACACCCAGGGGAGACAAGGGCUGCCCAGCAAUUACUGAGUCUUAAAGGGAAUCCUUGACAUUUGGAGUUCUAGGUUGUUUUUAACCAGCUUGAAGAAGGAGAAACAGGGUUGGACCGAUAUUUUCAUCUCAAUCUUCAAUAUUUAAAAGUAACAACAUCAACUGGCCAAAUAUUGUUGUCACAGCCAGUGUAGUGUGUCUAUCAGUGGUUCCCCAGUUUCAGCACAUAACUCCAAAGGUUUUUUUUUUUACAUUUCUUUUUGUGUAAGGAUUGAACAAAACACAAUAUAAAGUGUCACUUACUUGAUUAUUUAGAGGUGUUGUUAGGCAUAAUUUUAAAAUUUGGACCGAGCCAGACUAGCUGCUUCCCCAUGCUUCCAGUCUUUAUGCUAUGCUAGGCUAACCGCUGCCCAGCUCCAACUAGAGACCUAGCAGACAGACAUGAGAGUGGUAUCACUCUUCUAAUCGAAUCGAAUCUUCUCAGCAAGAAAGCGAAUGAGGGUGCUGUUCGUUGUUUGGUCGACCUGGGCUUGAAUCCAGGUAGGGUGACUGCUCUCGCCCUUCACUACAAAGACUAUUUCCCCAAACUGACAGUCCUUCGCUGUAUAGGCGUAUAUUGUUUUGAAUAUGCAUAACAAUGACAGCGCUGCAGGCACAGCAGUUGUUUAUUUUUGCUAAACCUUUAAUGUUUCAGUCAUGUUUUAGUCUUUUUGCAUUUGUGGAGAAAAAAUCAUUACAGUCGUGAAAUACAAAAAGAGAAGUUGAAAGAGUGAUGUUACCCUCUCUAACGAUGUGGAAUAGUUGUCAGAGUUCUAGGAGGCAAGACACUCAGAUUCAGAAAAAAUAAAAUAAAAAAUGAGAA